UCAGUUCCCUUUGACCCCACAAUGCUCCCAAGAUCCCUUUUAACUCCCCCAAAUGCACCCAGAGGCCCCCAAAAUGCCCCAAAUCCCAAUCAAACACCCACCAAAGAGGGAUCACCCGGCACCCUGGGACAGGAACACACUGGGCUGUGCUGGGAGCACUGGGCUGUACUGGGAGAGCCCCAAUCCCCAAAGCCCUUCCCCUGGGCAUCCGUGCCACGGUCUGGGAACCACGGCGGAGUUGGAUCAAGGGGUGCCCUUGAUGAUCUGGGAGGUCUUUUCCAAGCCGGCUGAUUCUGGGAUUCUCUGGGUGCCAUUGCCAGGGCAGCACAUGCUGGAGGCUCUGUCCACAGGGGAUAGAUGUGUCUGUGCAGACAGAGAGACAAGGUCAGUCUGCAAAGAUGUGGGGUUAGAAAAGCAGGAGAAGUUGUGGGGUGGUUGUGGAAGGAGAAAGAAGCCCCCAGGCCAGUGCAAGCAGGCCCCUCUGGGCUUGCACAUCAUCUGCCCUCCCUGCAGGUUCCUGUGCUGGAGAGCAGGCCCUGAGGUGGCCCUGAGAAGAAGUGGAAGGCAGAGGUGGUGCUGAGGCAGGAGAGCCCCAUGCUGGGGAAGAGACUGAUCUGGGAGUGCCCAGCAGCGAGAAGGUGCUGUGUCCAUGCCCUGUGUGCCAGUUGUUGAGCAGCCUCCUAGCAAGGAAAAGCCCUUCAGGUGCUUGGAAUGUGGGAAGGGCUUCAACUGGAGCUCCAGCGUGAUCCGACACCAACAGAUCCACACUGGGGCACGGCCCUACACGUGUAGGGAAUGUGGGAAGAGGUUUCAGACCAGAUCACAUCUCCUCGAGCACGAGCAGACACACACAGGGGAGAGGCCCUUCCUCUGCACUGACUGCGGGAAGGGCUUCACCCGGAACUCCACCCUCAUCACCCACCGGCGCAUCCACACCAGGGAGAGGCCCUACAAGUGUGAGGAAUGUGGGAAGAGCUUCAGGGACAGCUCCAACCUCCGCAUCCACCAGCUCAUCCACACUGGGGAACGGCCCUACAAGUGCUUGCAAUGUGGGAGGAAGUUUCAGACCAGCACAACUCUCCUCAGGCAUGAGCAGACACACACAGGGGAGAGGCCCUUCCGCUGCACCGACUGUGGGAAGGGCUUCAAGCGGAACUCCCACCUCGUUGGCCACCGGCGCAUCCACACUGGGGAGAGGCUCUACAAGUGUGGGGAGUGUGGGAAGAGCUUCAGGGACAGCUCCAACUUAACCAAACACCAACGGACCCACCGGUAAGGGAAGGCCCUAGGAGUGCCCCGACUGCGGGAAGAGCUUUGGCCGCUGCUCCCACCCCGAAUGACCCCCCUGAUGGUGAGGCAACCCCUGGAGUCCAGUGACUGUCAGUCCAUCCCUUUCUACCAGAAAGGGCCAGUGCCCUUUCCCAGGGGCAGGUUCUGCCAUCAGAACCCUUCUUGGGGAGUGUGUGGAGAUUCCUGCCUUGACUGGGACCCCCCAAGGUCACUGCUGGAGGUUGAGAGCAGAGAUCUCCCCACGAGUGUUGGUCUGGGGGAGUUCCAUCCAUCUCUAACUCAUAAUUCUUGCUUUGGUGCCAGCUUGAGUAGAAUUGCUUCAACAAUUGCUUUCGUGUAGAGCACUGUCCUAUCUUAUGCUGUCCUACUGGUAGUAUUAGUGUUUCUAUUGUGCAGUAAAUAAUUCUGAUGAAGA